UUCUUUGAUAUUUCAACUUCUUUGAAGACUUGCAGUACUAAAUAUAUUUUUCGGUCCUUUGCUCUUGCUUUCAUUUUUUGGAUUUGUUAGUUUCUAUUGCAUGUAGGUAUUGUUAGUGUGUCUGCUCUGUAUUGUGCGAAAUGUGUUUGUGAUGGUAUGUUGUAAUGAACUUUGUUCCCUUCUAUGACACUACACUCAUAGAUUCUACGGUUAAAAAAUUUACACCAUUUACCCUUGCAUGUGUGCUUUACCAUUACCAAGGGUUUAUGAUUUCAAAAGAACUCUUAACUGUUGUGUCUCUCAUUGUGAAGAUAAAGACAUAUGGCACCAAGAAUGAAUAUUGACGGAAUAACUCCUGACACUCUUGAUUGGACUUGCAAAGUCCAAAUUGUAGACAUGAGUCGACCCUGACUAAGUUUGGAGAAAAAAACUCGAUUCCAAAAUCUGAUUUUGGAAGACGAACAGGAACAACAAAUCAAGGCAGCUGUAUAUGGUGAUGAUAUUGACUAUUAUGCAGAGAAGCUUGUAAUUUUUGAUACAUAUCUAAUCUCUAUUGCCAGGGUGAAAGUUUCAAUACCUUCGUAUGGAAGAAUAAUACAUAAAUUUUAUUGGGUUCUUGAUAAAGAAGCUCUAAUUGAACAUGUCGAACCAGAUAACGAGCUUGAGAAACCUCUGUUGCCACCGACCAACCUACAUACCGCAACUUUUGCGAGUAUUGCUAAUAUGACUCCAACUCCUAAAGCAGAAAUUGAUAUUAUAGGAGUUGUUCUCCGUUGUGGCCCUUCAAAAUAUGCUGGCCGCACUCAAAAUAGGUGUCGCGAGGUUACUAUUGCUGAUGAUCAACGAAACCAAUUUCUGCUCACUUUAUGGGACGACUUCGGAGAAAUUGAAGGAACUGAAUUGAAAGCUCAAAUGGAAAAUGGUAAAGAGUUCCCUAUAAUCCUUGGAAAGAACAUUGGAGUCUCUGGUUAUCAAGGUUUAUCCUUGCAAACUAGAUUCAACUCCACAAUACGCAUAAAUCCUACUUAUCCGCAGGCAUUGCAGCUGAUCAGUUGGGCAAAAACAAACAAAAAUGUACUUUCAGGCAAUGUGUCGGCCAACUUCGCCGGGUCAUCCACUACUGUUAUCGUGAAUCCUGUGCACCGACAAGUCAUUUCUAUUGCAGAAAUUAAAUCAGCAGCUUCAGUUGGAGUUUUCUGCAUUGAGGCCGAAAUGUCAAUAUCAGAUGACCUUCAAAAGUUUUGCGUGCUAGAAUGUUCGGGCUGCAAACAGAAAAAGUGCACAAAAGACAGAAAGCAGUUUGAUUGCGCAAAAUGUCAAAGAAAGACAACAUUAGUGCCUCGGUGUACCUUCCAAAUUGAUCUGAUUGAUGGCAGCGGUUCAACAACUGCUUUCAUUUCUGGUGAUCCUGCUGAAAAACUUCUUUCCAUGAAGGCAGAGGACAUAUUUUACACAACCUGCGUCAAGAACCAACUUCUCUGUGUUGAUCAGACCCAACAAAUGUUGUCGAACAAACUAUUUUACAUUCAACUGAGGAAGUCAUCUUGGACAAGCUCACCUGUUACUCAGUCAAGUCUAACAAUUCUGUCCUACACGGAAAAAGAGCAUGUAUCUCUACCAAGCAGUAGCAAGAGGAGCAUUAAAAAGGCGAAACCGUUAGACGCAAAUGAAGUAGAGAUGAAAGCAACAUUUGUCGAAUCUGAAUCUUCCAGCAAUGCUAUCUCAAUUGAACCACCCACGCCAAUCAAGAAGCUGUGAAAGGAACUAUCUUCCUCAUUUUUGUACUUUUGGUUGCUGAAAAAGAAUGGUUUUUGGGAUUCUCAAUCUGCACAACCUCAAUUGGUAUGAAGGACCACUUAUUACAAGUUAGGGAGAAGGAAGUAACAAAGAUGGUAUGCAACUUUUCCAUUUUUUUGGGCGGCCUCAGUGAUUCAGAUUUUGCGUUAGGUGGAUAUGCCGCACUUAGUUAG